GUCUCAGUCUCCAUGCUACUAAUCAAUAAAGCGGCAGCAGCAGCAGCUGAUCACAACUUCUUCUUCUUCCCCUCGUCCGAAGCAAGGCAUCAAAUCACCCAGCAAUGGAAACUCCACCACCUUCUUCCACCUUCCUCCUCCUCCUCCUUUUGUCCAUCUUUCUAAUCACUCCACCACCGCUCACCUCCGCCGCCGCCGGCCCCGGCCCCAGCUGCCGCUCCUUCUGCGGCAACAUCACCGUCGACUACCCGUUCGCCCUCCACGACGGCUGCGGCCACCCGGGGUUCCGCGACCUCCUCUUCUGCAUAAACUCCGUCCUCAUGUUCCACAUCGCCUCGGGCUCCUACCGCGUCCUCGACAUCGACUACCCUUACCGCUCCCUCACCCUCCACGACCCGCACCUCUCCACCUGCGACGACGUCGUUCUGUCCCCCACCCCGUUGGCGAACGGCUUCGUCCUCGACCCUUCUCGCUCCCCGUAUUUCUCCCCUUCACCGGACAACGUUUUCAUGCUCAUCGGCUGCUCCCCUACCUCCCCUCUCUUCCAGGGGUUCCCGGGAAAGCACCUCCCCUGCCGGAACGUCUCCGGGAUGGGUUGCGAGGAGUAUUACGGCUGCGAGGGGUGGAGCAAGCUCGGAUCCCACCGGCGGGGCUCCGACUCCGGGUCGUACGGGUCAAGUCCGCCCGAGUGCUGUGCGGUGUCGUUUGAGGCGAUCAAAGCGAUUAACCUGACGAGGCUGGAGUGUCAAGGUUACAGCAGCGCGUAUACUCUGGCGCCGCUUCGGGUCGACGGGCCCGCGGCUUGGUCGUAUGGGAUCCGGGUUAAGUAUUCGGUUCAAGGGAGCGAGGAGUUCUGUCGGGCCUGUGAGGCUACGGGCGGGUCGUGCGGGUUCGGGUCGGACGGGGAGAGGCAGCUGUGUAUGUGCCCCGGGUUUAAUUCCACUUCCAAUUGUGACAAGGGCAGUAUUGCGGAUAUGUCAGCGUCGGUGAAAAGGGAAAUGGAAUUGGAGUUCGUCAUAGCCACGUGGGCAGGAUUGUUGCUGCUCGUGUUAGCAUGGAUGGCAUAGAAGAGUUUCUUUCACUUGGAUUUUGAAAAAGACCAAUCGCCACUUGUAAAUCCCAAAUUUCUAUCACUAUUCACUACUAUAGAAAUACAAAUGAGAUGCUUUUCUGUCGAGGAGGGAGAUUGGGUAACGGGAUGUGGAAACAUGACUUGUGGGAACGAGGGAGUUGUUGGGUAGAUAGGUCAAUUAUAUGUUUGAUUCUCAAUUAAAUUUGGAUAAUGUAUCACCAACAUCUGAUUAAUAAGAAACUUCAGGGUUUUUUUUUAUUGAAAAGUCUUCCAUAUAUUUACUUACCCAUGCAAUUUUCUUUCAUUACUAUUUGGGUAAAUUGCAAGUUUGCUCACUGGGUUUAUCAAAUUAUU